CAGGACAAACGGCAGGAGAAUGUUGGCACUCGUGGUCUGCAUGUUGACACUUCAACGUGUUGAAUCCUCCUGUAACGUGCCUGAAGGACUUUGCACACUGAAUCUAGACGUGCAGAAAGAGAUUGUGGACCAACACAAUGACUUCAGGAGGAACGUUCAGCCAACAGCAGCUGAUAUGCUGAAGAUGAGCUACAGUAAAGAGGUUGGCCACAGCGCUCAGAGCUGGGUGAACCGUUGCUUGCUAAAACACGGACCUGUCAUGUCCCGCAUGAUCAACGGAUAUCAAAUGGGAGAGAAUCUCUUCUACUCGUCCUAUUAUCUCAGCUGGACUGACGUCAUCAAAGCCUGGCACAGUGAGGUGGAACACUACAAGUUCCCCAUUGGAUCGAUCAAUGGCCAACCUACUGGUCACUACACGCAGAUGGUGUGGAAAGGUUCAUAUAAGAUCGGCUGUGGAGUGAAACUCUGUGGGGAAGUCUUUCUGUAUGGCUGCCAGUACUAUCGAGCAGGGAACUUUAGAUUUUGGAAUCCGUAUACCGUAGGACCUUCAUGUCAAGCCUGCCCGAAUGACUGUGAGGACAGGCUUUGCACCAACCCAUGUCCACAUAUAAACAACAAUGUCUACUGUCCUUUAAAAGCUCUGGAUAAGGUUUGUUCAAAUGAACAGUUCAAGAUGUGUCCUGCUUCGUGUAGCUGCAAGACUGAAAUCAUCCCAAUAGGCUGAAGAUGAAUCCAUACACUAACAGUACAAGGCUUUGACUUUUCUUCCUAUCUAUGUGGAGGGAUGAUGUAGGAAUUCUGUGUUCAAUAUAUUAGACAACGAUCUUUUCCGUGUGCCAAAAAACGAUUACGUUAAAUCACUUCAUUACAAAGUAUACCUGCUUUACUCUUUCACUCCAUAACUUUGACAUUGAAAUGUUGUUUGCUAAAGAUCAUAUGUAAGAAAUGGAUGUAGCCAUCAGGUCAAAGGUCAUCUGCUGAAUUAUGCUUCUUUUCUGCAAUAUUUAACAUUUCAAAGUGUAUUUUUUUCCCCAAGUAAACGCAGUACCAUUUUGAACACUUAUGUCCAAGUCUGUAGAAGACACCACACAUGGUUCAAAUCCCAGCCGAAACGGGAGAUGGUCCAAACAAAAUUAAAACAACAAAACAAAUGGUUAAAAAACCAAUUGAAAAUUGCCAGUUUUGUCAAUCAUUAGUCAAAAUAAACUAAAAUGUGCAACAGCGCAACAUGAGCUCAACAAUAAGAAAGAAAAAAAGCAAUAUUGCCCUUAAAGUCGUCUAGAAUGUCUCCAAAGCCAAUCUUGUGAGGCUUAGAACCCAAUGCUAAAAACAUAUUUGACAGUGUUAUCGACAAACCUACACUACACUUGUACAGCCAUACCUUCAGACACAUAAAGAUAAAACAAAAAAUCAAUAAUGCAGGA